GUUUGCCUGCUUGUGAGCAAUGGAGGAAAUUUCUGCCAGUGCUGAAUCUGCUGAACAAGACAACCCAAAACUGUCAACACAUCACACAGGUCCAAAGAGCUGUAAGGAGAAUCGUUAUUUAGGUGUUAUUGUGUUGUGGAGUCUGCUGGGUGUUUUACUUCUUAUUGGAUUUGUCACUUAUGGUGUCCACUACUUUAUUAUGAUUGAGGAAAGAGACAGCCUGAAUGCAAAUCUCUCCACUGUGAGUAAAAAACUUGCCGUCAUGACUGAGGAAAGAGACCUGCUGCGUGCCAACUUCUCUGAAAAUCUCAAAAAGCUUGAAGUGCUUCUGAGUUCUCUGAUUAUACAAUGUCCUGCAGGAUGGAGUAAUUUCAGCUAUAGCUGCUAUCUCCUCUCUGGAAGCUCUGGUCCCUGGGAUGCAGCCAGAAGGGACUGCAGAGACAGAGGAGCAGAUCUGGUGGUUAUUGAUUGCGCUAAAGAACAGGAGUACCUUACUAGGCUCACCAAAACAUCGACUUGGAUUGGUUUACAUGAUAUAGAAGAAGAGGGAAAAUGGAAAUGGGUAGACGGAACUCCUCUUAAUCUGAAGUACUGGGCAGAUGACCAACCUGAUAAUGGCAGUGGAGACCCACGGUGGGGUGAAGAGGACUGUGCUCAUAUCAGGACAUCUGACAGCACUUGGAAUGAUGUUUCAUGCAGGGAUUUUCUGCCGUGGGUCUGUGAAAAAAUACCAUAAUACCCACUCCUGAUCCUUUAUCAUUUAUUAUUUUCUUUUUGUUUUAUUCCUCUCUGAAUACCUAUUUACCUAUAAUUUAGCACAUGAACUGAGGUCCAACUGCUGACUGCUGAUAUAUCAGUUAAUUUUACAUUUUAAGAGAACCAGUGGCCAAAGCAGAACUACAGCAGAUUCUCUGGCUCACCGCAUAUUAGUCAUAUGUUUAUGGAUAAUCAGAAGUUGUCACAAUAUGUUAGUAGUUAUACUGAUGUCAGGACAUUGUCCUCAGUCAACAGGUCCUUUUAUGGCAGCAAUGAAAUGCAGUGGAAAUGGGUUUUUUGGGAUUAAGUUCAUUUUCAUGGUAAAGAAGGACUUUUCAAUUCAUCUGAUCACUCUUCUAAACGUUUUGCAUUAUAAGCAAAUUGCUAUCAUAAAAACAAAAAGCAGCAAACUUUGUGAAAACCAAUAUUUGUGUCAUUCUCAAAACUUUUUGCUAGAACUGUACCAUGUGACUUGCUGCAAUGCAGGGAUAUUGCGUUUUUGUUU